CACAUCUUUACAAAUUAAAGGAUGGUGGAAAAAGAAAAGGUGAAACCAUUGGCUCCAUCCAUCGACCAGAACCAAACCGUCAGUGAUGAUGAAGACACAGUUUACAAGAAAACCACACGACCAAGAAAAUACGUUAAGUGGUUAAGUUGCAUUGUUGCAAGCAUAAUCCAUCUAGCGGUGGUUGUUGUGAUAUUAAUUUUCAUGGUAUUUAAGAUUAAAGAACCGGAGAUCAAGAUGAAUGAUGUGAUGGUCAACAAUUUCGAUUUUAUGAAUGGCUCAAUUCUACAACCCGGGACCAGUAUAUCUUUAACUAUAGAUAUAUCGGUUAAAAACCCGAAUUUUGCAUCUUUCAGGUACAAGAACACGACGACGAACCUCUACUACCGUGGGGUCGUGAUAGGGGUGGCACGAGGGCCACCAGGGCAGUCCAAGGCACGACGAACAACAAGGAUGAACAUUACCAUGGACAUCAUGGUUGAUAGGCUAUUCGGAAACCCUAAUUUACAAAGUGACAUUAGUACAGGUUUAUUGAGCAUGAGCAGCUACACAAUAGUUGGUGGUAGGGUCAAACUUUUAACUAUUAUUAAGAAACAAGUUACUGUGAGCAUGAAUUGCACUAUGAAAGUCAACAUAAUCAGUAGAGCAAUUGAGGACCAAAUGUGUAAGAGGAAAGUCAAAAUAUAA